GAAAACAAAAAGCCGGCGGGCAGCAGCUCAUCAGGUUCGGUCGCCAGUGUUUUAUUUACAAACACUAUCAGUUGAGAAGUUUGGAUAUUUAAAUUUUAAAUCAAACAUUAAUACAUUACCGAAGUUGUCGUAGUUAUAGCCGGCGGGUUCUAAGUGGUAACUUUAGGCCACGAAUCGAGAUUAUUGUUGAUCGUAGACUAGACUCAAUUCUUGAAUUUCUAGGUUAUUGGGUUUUGGAUUUUUAAAAUAAAUUAACUCCGGAACUGGCGGAACUUCAACAAUGGCUGGUAAAGUUCUUGUCGAUGCUCUUUCGUACAUUGAUGAGGGGUACGACGAGCCAGGCAUCCGUGAAGCUGUGAUCAGUAUGAUAGAAGACGAAAAACGUCGUUUCAGGCCGUCAAAUAACUAUCUAGAACGUUUUCCAUCACUCAAUACAUCGCGGUUUGAAACUGAAUUGAUGCGAACAGAGUUUGAUAGACUUCAGCAGCGUUUAUCUAUGGAAACAAUGAGUAUGCAACCCUAUGAACUACCUCCACCACCUGCUGUAAAACUCCCGGAUAUGUCUUCUUGGAAUGAAUGUUUGGAAAACUCAAUGGUUCAACUCGAACAUCAAGCUACAAGAAUUACCAACUUAGAACUUAUGAUGGACUAUGGUACAGAAAUCUGGAAAUCUUAUUUGGAAGUUCUAGUAAAAUGUGUAGCUGCUGCACAGACACAAGUGGAUAAUUUGAAAAAACAAAUUCAAGAAGUAAAUUUCUUGCGAAAAAAUGUGCAGAUGCAUGUCGGCGAAAAAUUACGAGAUUUAGAAGCCAACUGGGUACUAUUGGUGAGCAAGAAUUAUGAGAUAGAAUUGACAUGCGCUCUCUUAGAAAAACAAAUAAAAGCAUAUGAAUUGGCCAAUCCAGAAAAAAUGGAGAUUGAUUAAAAAUGUUAUCGUAACUUUUUUUGUAACUAUAUAACAUUUAUGGUAUAAGAAUAAGUAAUAACAACA